AUGUAUAAAUUCGAUUUCAGUCGUUUUGCUCAAUCUGAUUUCAAUCAUAUACACUGGAUAAAUGAAGCAUUGAAAUCAUGCGCUCCUGAUCCUAAUCACUUGGAUCAAAAAGCAUCUGAUCUUGUGCUACAACUUCAAACUCAAAUGAAAGAUGUAAUGCAAACUCUUGAUCAUACUUGUCAAGAGGCGAUUGUUUCUAUUCCUCGUGUUCUACGUGAAAUCGAUGCAGUGAGAAUUGAUGCUCUGACUUUAGAAGCGGAUUUGAAAACAUUACAACAGGACAAUCUUCAAUUAAAUGAAAAAAGUCAAAAUAUUGUCAAUUCCUUAGUGGAAUUAGAUAGAACACGUAAAAAUGCACAAUCAGCAGCUGAUGCACUACGUGAAACCGAUCGAUGGAAUAAUUUAAUGCAAUGUAUUGAUGAUUUGUUUGAAAUUGGUGAUCUUGAUCAGCUUUGCUCAAAUAUUGAGGGUAUGAAUCAAUGCUUAGCAUCAUUUAUUCAUUUAAAUGAUUACAAUGAACGUGUAAAACAAGUUGAUAAAUAUAAAAAUAAUUUUGAAAGUUUAAUUGCACCAAAAUUAAUUCAAUCAUUAGAUAAUUUAAACAAUUACAUGAUGUCCAAUAGUAAUACUUCGUACAUUUUAUUCAAUCAUGAAAAUACUCCUCAUCUUCCUAUUAAUAAUGAUGAUGAUGAUAUGAAUAAAUUGACAACAAAUGAUCAUAUUGAAUUAACUAAUCAUUUAAUUCAUUUAUUAUGUCGUAUUGGACGUGAAAAUGCAACAAGAAAAUAUUAUUUUAAUUGGUUAAAAGAACAAGUCAAUGGAUUUUGGGAUCGUAGCAUAUGUCAAUCAACAGAGACUGCUACUACUACUACUACCACCACUAAUACAACCGUUCAAUCGGAUUCUUUACCAUGGAUGGUGGUAGCAUUACCAUUUAUCAUACAAAAAUUAUCCGCUUAUCAAUCCAAAUUAUUUACAAAUAAUCAACGAACAAAAUUGAAUUGUUUGCCAAUUUCACAUGAUCAUCAAUUGAAUUCUGAUCAAUCAUCAAUCAUCAAUAAUAUUAUAUAUUUUUAUGCUUUAUUAAUAUGCUUUUUUAAUGGACAAUUGAAUGCAAAGCUAUUUUUUCAUUCUGAAGAAGAUCAAUUUGAUCAUAGUCAGCAGCAGCAUCAAGAAGAGGGAGAACAACACCACCAACAACAACAAAAGACAAGACAAUCUUUUCCGAUUGAUCUAAUGACAGCUUUUAUCAAUUCAUUAGAAUCAUGUAAACCAUUUCAAACAUUGACUAACACGAUAACCGAUUAUCAAUUAAUUGGAUGCUUAUUUCGAGUAACUAUUGGAUGUUUACAGUGUUUAGAAGAAUUAUUAGUUCCUUUUUAUUCGGAAGUGACAAAAAGAACUUUGAAUUCUAAAAAUACAACGCCUUCAUUAUUGAUAAAUACCAAUGAAAUUAAUCAUCAUGAGAAUGAUCAGAAUAUCAACAUCAUGGAUAAUUAUUUCAAAUCAACUUUUAUUCGAUUAAUUCAAGUAUUUAUUGAACCAUUUAAAAAUUUACCAGAAUUAUUUACUAAAUUUAUACGUGAACAAUUUGAUUGUAAACUGAAUGAAUUGAAUAUUACUGUAGAUAAUACUGAUCCAUCGGAUCUUUUAGAGAAAUUGAACAAUAAUAUUGUACAACAAUCGAUUUCAUUAUUUUAUGAUACAAUCCAUUUAUGUUUCGAAGAAACUGGUGCUAUUGCUAUUCCUUCUAUUUUGGAUAUUAUUCAAAAUUAUUGGGAUACAUUAAUCGCUAAAUGGAUCAUAUGGAAUACAUGGAUUGAAAAACUAUUAACAAAAAUUGAUAUGGAAUCAAAUUAUCAUCAAGCUUAUGGUUUUAUGUGGAUUUUAAAAUUUGCUCAUUUAACAGGUGAAUUUACUGCACAAUCUAAUGUGUUUGUGGAAUAUGUCAUGUCAAAAUGUUCUGAUUGGCUAUCGUUUAUUCUUAAUUCAUCUGAUAAUAUAUUCAUUCAUGAUCGAACAAUUAUCAACCACAUCCCUAAUACCAAUCAAAUUAAUAUCAAUGAUGAAGAUACUAAUUGUAUGCCAAUAAUAUCUGGUUGUGUAUUGUAUCAAUUAAUUUUAAAACAAUCUAUUGAUUGUCAACAAGCAAUUCAAUCACUUGUUCAUUCAUCAUCUAAUCUGCUCAAUUCAUUGAAUAAAUCCAAAUCUCAUGGUAAUUUAAAUGGUGUGCAUAGAUCAAAUGCCAUGUUAUGUCGAUCUACUAUUGGUGUAGUACGUGAAAUUGCAUUGAAACCAAUACGUUAUUAUUUAAAAUCAGUGCCAAAUUUAAAUAUUUGGUUUACAUAUCCAAAUAAUGGUGAAGAAUGUUUACCGGAUUUGGCUUAUUUACCACAAGAUUAUAUUACACAAAUUGGUCAAUAUUUAUUCAUGUUACCAGCACAAUUAGAACCAUACAUGUCAUCAAUGAAUGAUUUAAAUCUUGUCACACAAUUAACAACAACAACUACUACUGAUCAAACAAUCAUGCCAUCAAUAUCAUCUAUUAGUAAUAAUGAUAGUGGUGGUGCUGGUUUAACAUAUUGUUUUCAAUUAGGUGAUUCUGAUGUUAUUUACUCAAUGAUUUCGCAUAAAAUCAAUCAGAAUACAAAACAUCAACAACACGAUCAAGAAGAGGCAGGAAGUAAUAAUGCACAAACAAAAUUAACAACCAUAUCAACAUCAUCCAAUAGAACACGUCAAUUAAGCAAUAAUUUUAAUCAAUUCAAACAAACAAUACUAACUGGUGAUGAGCAUAAUAAUAAUAAUAGUAAGAGCUCAAUGGAAAUCUCAUCAAUCUAUUGUUGGUUAGAAAAUUUAAUAUCUGUCAAUGUAUGUGAUUUGAUUGUGAAUACACUUUUAAAAAUUGGAAUGAAUAAAUCGACAAUUAAAUCGUCAAUGGCAUCUACAACAACAACGACAACUACAUCGUCUAAAUUGUCAAAAUCUGCAAAGGGUCCUUUGAAAAGAAACACCAAUGUUCAUGAUACUGCCAAUGAAAGUGAUGAUGACGAUGAUGAUAGUGUUGAAGAUCAACCAUUACUUACUAAACAUGGUUUAAAACAACUGGAUAUUGAUCUUGGUUAUCUAUUUAGUAUGCUGCAUGAUUUAGGUGUCAAUGUUCCAGGCAAUCUACAAACAUUACGUGAUUUAAUCAAUUGUGAUAUAGAUCAAUUUCCUAGAUUAUGCGCUGAUCGUCCACCAAAGAUUGUAAAUGCUGUUGCUAAUUUUCGUGGUUUUUGAAUACAUUACUUCAUUGUGCUUGUAACUUUUGAGAAAAAAAAAGAAUGACAAUGACAUAUCAUAAUUUUUAAUUUUUACUUUUUUUUAGUGUUAGUGUUAUUUGUAUUCUUUGUUCAUUCUCUCAGUUUCUUUGAAUAAAUAUUUGUCUGUGUACAAUAAACGAAUAUGAUUUACUUUUGAUGUAGAGUAUUCCAGUGGA